GACUCCACACUCGACGUGUACGGCCUGGCUCGCGCAGGCAGCGACGCUCUCUGCGGCCGCCUUGAGGCCUCGCGCGAGUGGGAGGGGGAGGCCGCGGCGCCCCGCGCGGGGAUGUCGAGGAGCUCGAAGACGGUGCUGGGCCUCUCGGUGGUGCUGACGGUGGCCACCGUGGUCGGCGUGCAUGUGAAACAGCGACAGGACCAGCAGAGGCUUCGUGACGGAGUGAUCAGAGACAUUGAGAGGCAAAUUCGGAAAAAAGAAAACAUUCGUCUUUUGGGAGAACAGAUUAUUUUGACUGAGAAACUUGAAACAGAAAGAGAAGAUGUUAUUGGCAAAGGAUCUCAAAAAACAUGACUUGAAAUGAAUGUGAACUAUUGAUGAGACAGAUAGUGUUGAGUGUGUUGAUGGAAAAUAGCUUAGUGAGAUCUUCACUCUUUUAUUUGUCUUUGUCCUUUUAAACACCGUCACGUAAAA